ACACGUUUAGUCACUUCUAACUAUAUAGGUACUUUGAAACCUGAAAAGUUACAUUUCUGUUAGUGUCCAUUUCGUUGGUAAAUAACUAUAAAAGAAAUUAACUAUAAUCUGACCAAUGAGAAAAUCGUUUAUCUUCGGUGAGAAUAAUUAAUCCUGCCCAUUGAAGAUGAAUAACGUAGUCAAUUUCAAAGAGAAUUGAUGAGAUUGAUAUUUUAUGAGAAUACUCACGAUUUUCCUGGACAUAUGGAUACGGGAGUGGAGUUUUUACCAAAGAAGUUUUGAGAGUAAACUUCGUGAGAUGAGCGAUGAGGAGUUGAAGGUGCGGUGGGUGAACCAUUUAGUUAGAUAUCUGAAUAUCUCAAGCAAUCUAUCUUUCAAUAUGAUUCUUAACAAGAAUUAUAAACUGAUAUGGGUUACUCUUCCUCAAGAGCAAUCACAUGAAGCUUAAAAAGCACAAGAACUUAAAAGAAGGAAUCAUGGUUAAUUUCCUUAUAAAUUAUUACUCCAGAUAGAUUUGUGAUUUGUGGAGGAAGAUAAUGCUUCCCUAAUCAUAUAGAAGUAACAGAUUUUUGCUGAGUGAUAAAACUUUAAUAUAUACUAUAUAUAUAUAUGAUCUACAUAUGUUUGUGGAAUUCAGCAAACGAAAUAACUUUUCUUGUGUCGAUUAACAAAUAAAUAACUCGAUUUAUUAAAAAAAAAUAAAAAUAUAUAUAUAUAUAUAGGAAUUUUCCUUUGUUUAAAAAAAGGGAAGAAAAUAAAUGUUAAUAAAAUUAGUAUCCAAAAAAUAUAGGAAUUUUCCUUUAUUUAAGAGUAAAUAUCUAUUUUGCUAAUAUAAUCCGGUAAACUCGAACCGAUCUUAACCGGGUAUAUAACGAAAUGUUUCAAUCCGUUUAAUUCGAACUAACCCAACUUAACCGGGUAUAUAACCCUCUCUCCCUCUCUCUUAAGACACAAGGAAGAUCAAACCUUUUUGGAUCGAUUUAAGUUUCAGAGAUGACGGAGGAGAAGGCGAGUGUGUUGUGCAAUUUCUGCUGCAGCAGCAGAUACGGAUGCAGCUCUGAGCAAAGUCUAGAGGAACAAGACAAUGAAGCUGUGCGAGAGGUCCAGAGGUUACAGCUUUUGAUCAGGAGGAUGAAUGGUAAAGACGACAGUGUGAGUUUCUCCGAGCUGCUAUCCCUUCUAAGUCACUUAAAGGAGGUCCGGCUCAUUGUGAUUGACCAAAAGAAGAAGAUUAAGCUCGAAGAAGAUGAAAGGCUGCGCAAAUUCUCUACCUCCAGCUCUAAAGAAGAAAGAGAGGAGAAACAAGAUCAUGAAGCACCACUGCUUAAGAUGAAGAGAGAAUUUGAGAGACGUAGCUCUGAACCUGUGCACAAGGAGUUGGAGAGAUUGUGGCUUUUGAACGAGUAAUGGACU